UCCCAGGGUGCACUGCGGGCGCGCUCUCUUUCCGCUCGGCCGUUCCGCUUAGAGGAGGGCCGUAGGCAGCCAUGGCGCCCAGCCGGAAUGGCAUGAUCCUGAAGCCCCACUUCCACAAGGACUGGCAGCGGCGUGUGUCCACGUGGUUCAACCAGCCGGCGCGGAAGAUACUGGCCGGCAUCCACAAGAAGGUGGCCCGGACCAUCGGCAUCUCCGUGGACCCCCGGAGGCGGAACAAGUCCACCGAGUCCUUGCAGGCCAAUGUGCAGCGACUUAAGGAGUACCGCUCCAAGCUCAUCCUCUUCCCCAGGAAGCCCUCGGCCCCCAAGAAGGGAGACAGCUCUGCGGAGGAACUCAAACUGGCCACACAGCUUACUGGACCUGUGAUGCCCAUCCGAAAUGUCUACAAGAAGGAGAAAGCCCGGGUUAUCACGCAAGAAGAGAAGGACUUCAAGGCCUUUGCCAGUCUCCGCAUGGCCCGUGCCAACGCCCGGCUCUUUGGCAUCCGAGCGAAAAGGGCCAAGGAGGCUGCAGAGCAGGAUGUGGAGAAGAAGAAGUAGUGUUGCCAGGGCCUUUAAUAAACUCCGAGACCCACA